UCGUUUUCUACGUGUUGAGGAACCGAAAAAGCCCUUCAUUCUCUGUCUGUGUCUUCCUCUGCUUCUAGUUCCCAGAUACAGUAGCUGUGGAGAAGAGAAUGGCGUCAUCAUCAUCAACAGCAGCAGCAACAGCAACAGAAACAACUACAGAGAGAAGAGGAAUACCAGGAGCUCAGUUUGUAGAAGAUGUUGAAACCUAUCUUAAUCAAUCUGGUCUUGAUGUCAACUCUGCCCUGUCUUUUCUGCAAGAAAGAUUACAGCAAUAUAAGUUGGUGGAGAUGAAACUUCUUGCCCAACAAAGGGAUCUUCAGGCAAAGAUCCCUGAUAUAGAGAAGUGCUUAGAUGUGGUUGCCACUUUACAGGCUAAGAAGGGUACUGGUGAGCCUCUUAUUGCUGAUUUUGAAGUUUCCGAAGGCAUAUAUUCUCAGGCUCGCAUUGAGGAUGCCGAGUCGGUUUGUUUAUGGCUAGGAGCAAAUGUCAUGUUGGAGUAUUCAUGUGAAGAGGCCAAUGAUCUUCUACAAAAGAAUUUGGACAACGCUAAAGCUAGUCUAGAAGUUCUAGUUGCCGAUCUAUUAUUCUUAAGGGAUCAAGUCACAAUAACACAGGUUACUAUUGCCCGUGUGUAUAAUUGGGAUGUUCACCAGAAGCGCAGAAUGCGAGAAGCUGUUACUGCUGAGAAAGACUCAUGAAAUAGUUGUUCCACUGCAAUUGAGUUUCAGAGGCAGCAAUGGAAGCUUAUCUUCUAGGGUGUAUUGUCUUGCUCCCUCGUUUCUUAAUCUGGUGAAGGUAUUGUCUCUGCAUACCUGUUGAUGUUUUCUGCAUAUCUGCACUUUUGUGGUCUGGUUCACUGCACUCAUGCAAAAGCUUGAUAUAUUAUCUGGAUCAUUUUUGAUGCAUGAUAGAAUUUCUUAGCUUGAGCUGUAACAUCUGUAUUAACUGAAAGUCCUUUAGGUUGAUUGGGUGUUUACUGUUUUGUAAGCUUUUGUUUUUCAAAAAGAUGUCCGGUUAAGUUUCAAA